CUCUCCUAGAAUCCAGAAACGUCGCCGCUUAGGUGUUGUUAAAUCAUCUUUUGCCAUUUUCACCAACGUCAGCCUCUCACGGCAUCUGUCUCCACCUCUCCGAUUAAUUUGCACCAGGUCGCCGUUUCUACUGUCACGCUGUCAUUGUUGGCCGCCAUCCAUCCUCAGUUGGCCCCCCAUCGUCUACAGUGAUCUUAUUCCUACGGCGAUUUUAGUUACUGAAUACGAGCGCAAGAGAGAAGAACUCCGUUUUCUUUUGUCUCCGCUACGCUUACUCCUCUUUCGAACCACCGAUUCUUGGCUAACGUCUGCCGUCGCCAUUCGCGGUCCGUUACGGGUGCCAAUGGAGUUUGAGAACGAGCAUAAUGGUGUUCCUGGAUGUGUUCCGGAAUUUGGAGCUAUCUUCAUGUCAAAUAAGGCAACCAAGAAGGAAUGCUUUAGACGGAAGCUUCUAGGCCUUCCUUCUUCACAAGCAAACUUUGUAAGACGGGUUAAAGCUGGAAUGCUGUUGUUUCUGUUUGAAUUUGAAAGAAGAGAAUUGCAUGGUGUUUUUCAAGCUAGCUCAAAUGGUGCAAUGAAUAUUGUGCCUGAUGCAUAUUGUUCAUCAGGGAAGCAAUUCCCAGCACAAGUAAAAUUCACCCCUUUGUGGCACUGUGGUCCACUUUCAGAAUAUGAAUUCAGAGAUGCUAUUCAAGAAAAUUACUAUGCAGCAAAAAAGUUCAAUUUUGGACUAUCAGAGGAUCAGGUUUACAGGCUUUUGCAUCUAUUCAGUUUGAGAAAGUUGAAGCCACAGAGGCAUUUGUCUGAUACAAUUGCAUUAGCUAAUGAUUCCGGCAUCCUACCAGCAAAAUCUUCUGUUUACAAUCAACUUAAGCCAUCUUCAGCAUUCCCUUACUCAAUAGAGCCACAGGUUGAAACUCUUUCUAGGUCAAGAUCAAGCAGUUUUGCUGUCCCCUAUGAUCCAGAUACCACUGGUAUUGACACUAGGCAUUCAUCAUCUCAUGAUUUUGUUGCCCCUGGUAUCGACGCUAGACACUCACCAUCUCGCGACUUUGUUGCUCCUGGUAUUGACACUAAGCAUUCAUCAUCUUAUGAUUUUGUUGCCCCUGGUAUUGACACUAGACGCUCAUCAUCUAGUGACAUUGUUGCCCCUGGUAUUGACACUAGACGCUCAUCAUCUAGCGACUUUGUCGCCCCUGGUAUUGACUCUAAAUGCUCAUCAUCUCACGGUAUUGACUCUAGACGCUCAUCAUCUCGUGACUUUGUUGCCCCUAGUAUUGACACUCGACGCUCACAAUCUCAAGACUUUAUUGGCCUUGGCAUCAACACUAGACACUCAUCAUCUGGCGAUUUUGUUGGGCGGGGUAUAGACACGAGAUGCUUGUCAUCUCACGAUUUUGUUGGCCCGGGUAUGGACACUAGAUGCUCAUCAUCUCACAACUUUAUUGACCUGGGUAUUGACACCAGAUGCUCAUCAUCUCACGACUUCGUUGGCCUGGGUAUUGACACUAGAAACUCAUCUUCUCAUGACUUUGUUGGCCGGGGUAUUGACGGUAGAUGCUCAUCAUCUCACGACUUUGGUGGCCUGAGUAUUGACACUAGACACUCAUCAUCUGACGACUUUAUUCCCACUGAUAUUGACACUGGAUGCUUGUCAUCUCAUGACUUCAUUGCCCCCGUUAUUGACUCUAGACCUUCAUCAUCUCAUGACUUUGUUGCCCCUCGUGAUUCUGGCUUAGGUUGCUGUGUUCAAGUGUUUUCCUCCAACUAUUAUGAGCUCUCAAGGAGAGCCAGGAUGCCUAUGUUGGAGGCUACUUAUUCUGAAAGCAUGGCUUCAGAAAGUGGAUAUAUUGACCGGAUUAGUGAGGCUCCUAUUCAUGCUUUUAGUCCCAGCCACAUUCCUUCUUUUGUGUUAGAUGAUAAGUCUCAUGUGGCAUCACGAGAGAAACAUGAUUAUGAAAUGCUGCAUUGUGGAAUCAAUGAAUCUCCUGUCACUAAUGUUCCUAUUUUAAAAGAGAGUCAGAGCCAGCCACAGAAUCAUCCUUGUUCUGUCAAAAUUAAAAGCCCAGACUUCCAGGUUAAUUCUUCAUCGAAGCUGGACGUCAACAAAACUUCUGGAAGCCUGUAUUCUCUUUAUGGAAAGAAAAGGGAAAGUGUGUUUUCACGGUUAGGUGUGGCUUCAAAAGCAAGGGUUGAAGAAAAUGAUACCCUUCUUGGUGACAAAGAAGACAGUAGGGAUACCUCAAUAAAUGAAGUCAUGUCCAUGCUUUACAAGAGUCGCCACAAAUGGUUGAAAAUGAGAAAAAGACAAUUAAUUGAAGAUAAAGCUGCAAAUGAUUGGAAGAAGAUGCAGACUGCUGUCAAUUCUCCAUUGUCAAAGAAUAACUUCCAGAAGAUUUCAAAAGAAGUGAAAGUGACUCAAUCAUCAAAGGAUGAUGAGAUCCAAAAGAUUUCAAAGGAAAUGAAAAGGAGUGACAUUCGAGUUAGUAAAGAAAACAGUGAGCAGUUUGUCGAGAAGACAUCUUUGGUGGAUUUCAGGCGUCGUAGUGAAGUGCGGAAAACUCAUAAUACUGAUACUGAGACUGCUAGCUGUAGUGGGAAUGCAGAAAGUGAGUGCAUUUUGAGUGGGCUGCAUAAAAGGAGGAAGUUGAUUAGGCCAGAUUUCAGUAGGAAUGAGUUGUCUGAUGUCAAAAGCAUCAAUACUGAGACUCCAGGUGUUUUAUUGCCAGAUGUAGUGAGUCAAAUGAGUCAUGAAGAGAAGAAGAUCAUUGAAGCUGAAUUGGAUUCAGACUGCAAAAAAGUAGAAAUAGGGGAAGCUGCACCCCCAGGAGAUAUUGAUGAAAAUGGAAAAGAAUUGACACAAAAUGUUAACAUCCAAAGCAUGCCACCAUCUUCAGUCUCUUGUGAGGACUCGAGCAAAAGCAUCAAUACUGAGACUCCAGGUGUUUUAUUGCUAGAUGUAGUGAGUCAAAUGAGUCAUGAAGAAAAGAAGAUCAUUGAAGCUGAAUUGGACUCAGACUGCAAAAAAGUGGAAAUAGGGGAAGCUGCACCCCCGGGAGAUAUUGAUGAAAAUGGAAAAGAAUUGACACAAAAUGUUAACAUCCAAAGCAUGCCACCAUCUUCAGUCUCUUGUGAAGACACGAGCAAAAGCAUCAAUACUGAGACUCCAGGUGUUCUAUUGCUAGAUGUAGUGAGUCAAAUGAGUCAUGAAGAAAAGAAGAUCAUUGAAGCUGAAUUGGACUCAGAUUGCAAAAAAGUGGAAAUAGGGGAAGCUGCACCCCCGGGAGAUAUUGAUGAAAACGGAAAAGAAUUGACACAAAAUGUUAACAUCCAAAGCAUGCCACCAUCUUCAGUCUCUUGUGAAGACACGAGCAAUAUUGAGGUGGGUCCGCAUAUUAAGAAUUCCAUGGUGGAUGAAUUGUCUGAAAAUCUCUGUAAUAUUAGCCAUUGUGUUGGGCAGGAAUCAUCUCAUGAACCUUUCAAAAGAGAUGUUAAUGGGAUUACUUCUGGUGAAACUGCUUGCUGUAGAGCAGCAGGUGAUGAGAAGGUGGACCCAAAUCCUGAUGUUGACAGUAAGAUCGGUAUUGAUAAGGUGACUGACUCAAGUAAUGGGAAUCCAAAGUCACAGGAGCAUGAUGGAUGCAAAGACGGCAAAAUGGGGUUGGGGCAAAAUGUUGAACAUGAAAAUGACAAGCUUCAGUGAAAUCAAGUAUUUUGGUCAAGCAAAUGCGAGGGCAUGCUAAAUAUGACUUGAAAUGUCUUCGUAUUACAAAUGAAAGUGUAUGAUUUGGAACUUUUUGCAUUAGGUGCGUGAAUUUCAUCAGGGUUUUGUUUUUUGAUCAUUCAAAAAAUUACGCAAUGGUUUAAUAUUUUCUGUUUUUCAAAAACAUGUUGACAUGCGAGGAUUAUCCCAUUGCUGGGGAAUAGACAGUUAGAAAGGAUAUGGUAACUAUAUUGAUACCAA